GCACAGAGCAACCACCAAAUGGCAGUCCCAUUUCGUUUCAUUUCCCUCGUUUUUCAUCCCACAAAAGGUAGUGAAAUGUAUACAGCACGGAAAGAAGGCCGUGCCCUGCGCCAGUGCGCCUCGGGACAAAGUCCGUUUCAGUGAAGCACAACAUUGGCAUUACCCACACACAUACACACACACACACACCCGAAGAACUGUCAUCGUAGGGCAAGACACAGCAAGAAGGAGAAAGACAACCCAUCUGGCAGGCCCGUCCGUCGCAAGGAACGAGAAGGCAGCAAUCCCGUCCGAGCAGUGUAACCAGCAAGUGCCCUCACUCAUCCCUUCUUCCCUGCCGGCUGCAUCAUCAUCUUCCUCCAAAGCGGCGUGUAGACAUCUCGCGUGAAGCAAUGUGCACCUUCGGCUAGCUCCUCGGAAACGCCUCGGUCGCAGCAGCAGCAGGUCGUAGGUGGUGUGGUCGCAGGCCCACCCGGCAGUGCUCCUUGUCGUGGUCCGAGUCCUGCGCCGUCUGGCUAGACCCCGACGCAACCUUCCAUUCUUCCCGCUGCUACCCCGCACAGCCGCACAGUGACGAGCGCCGCGAAGCACCGCACCCCGGACGCACCCAAGAUGGAUGAUCUGCUACAGGCCGGCCACGUGGUCAAGGAAAGAUGGAAGGUGUUGAAGAAGAUUGGCGGCGGCGGGUUCGGCGAAAUCUACGAGGGGCAGGAUUUGAUCACGCGCGAGCAGGUCGCACUGAAGGUCGAGUCGGCCCGGCAACCGAAGCAGGUACUCAAGAUGGAGGUGGCCGUCCUGAAGAAGCUGCAAGGCAAGGAGCACAUCUGCCGGUUCAUCGGCUGCGGGCGCAACGAUCGAUUCAAUUACGUUGUGAUGCAGCUGCAGGGGAAGAAUUUGGCCGAGCUGCGGCGGUCGCAGGCACGCGGUGCCUUCUCACUCAGCACAACGCUGCGCAUCGGCCUCCAAAUACUGAAAUCGAUCGAAUCCAUCCAUUCGGUCGGCUUCCUUCAUCGUGAUAUCAAACCAAGUAACUUUGCCAUAGGAAGACUACCGCUCACUAGUCGUAGAAUCUACAUGCUGGACUUCGGCUUAGCUAGGCAGUACACUACCGGUACGGGUGAGGUACGAUGUCCCCGAGCUGCGGCAGGAUUCCGCGGAACCGUAAGGUACGCUUCGUUAAACGCGCACAAAAAUCGUGAAAUGGGCCGCCAGGACGAUCUGUGGUCGUUGUUCUAUAUGCUUGUUGAGUUUGUUACCGGCCAGCUUCCAUGGCGUAAAAUUAAGGAUAAAGAGCAAGUUGGAAUGUUGAAAGAAAAAUAUGAUCAUCGUUUGCUACUCAAGCACUUGCCUUCGGAUUUCAAAUACUUCUUAGAGCAUAUUCAAUCCCUUAACUACGCCGACAAGCCGGAUUAUGCAAUGCUGAUCUCUCUGUUUGAACGAUGCAUGAAGCGCCGGGGCGUGAAGGAAACGGACCCGUUCGACUGGGAAAACAACGCCGACUACAACGCCGGCGAAGCCAAAGCUAUCAACGCAGCCGUACCAAAGAGUGAACUAAUCAAAAAACAUAAAGAUAUCGAAAUGACCGAGGAGAAACGCAAACCAAUCAUGGACUCGGCAAAAGUGCUACACACGGAACCGAUCGAAUCGAUGAAGCCGCAGAACGUGCUGAACGCGGGCGGCGGUGGUGGGGCGGCCGGGGCCGCGGAGACCGCUGCCGCCAAGGCGGCCCUCAACCACGCGGACCAACACGAGCCGAACGAGGCAAAGAUACAGCAGGAGACGAAAACGGACGGUCCGGCGAUCGAGAUGGUGGUCGUGAAGGGUCUAAUAAGUUUUCCUAUUCACCAGAACGAGAUACCGCUGGUGCGGGCGCACACGGAGGUGAUGACGAAGCCGGCCAAGCACGGCAGCAACCGGCUGCGAAUACUGACCGCGCCGCCGGUCAACAUCAAGGAUUUCUCCUCCUCGCUCGACAAGCAGCAGUCGCAGUCGCCGUCGCAGCAGCACCAGCAGCACCAGCAGCAGCAGCAGCUGCACCACCAGUCGUCGCACCACAUGUCGCAGCAGUCGCACCACCACCAUCACCAUCACCAUCCGCUGCACGCGUCCAACGACGGCAACAACCUGUCGAUGGAGCUGAAGUCGAAGCUGCUGAAGACGGAGGCGGACGACCUGUCGUACGCGCCGUCGGACGGCAUGAUACUGCGCGAUCUCACCCAGCAACACUGCCAGUCGGUGGGGCAGCCGAAGCAGCACCACGACGGGCACCAGCAGCAGUCGUCCGGCGGCGGUGGUGGGGGUAGCCUGCAGCGCCAAAGCCUCACGCUCGGUGGCAAAAGCCUGCGCUCGUACGGCAGCACCACCACCAGCAACAAGUACGGCGGCGGGCGGAACGACGACAAGAGCUGCCGGGACUACUCGAUCACGCAGCACGCGAUCAUCGACGACGACAACGCGAGCCAGCACCAGACGCCCAAAUACCAGGGGGCGCUCACGCUCGCCUCGCAGUGGAAAAGCCAGUUCGACGACUCGGACGACUCGACCGACGGGCUCUGGAAGGGCGAACAACAUUCCGAAAAUGCAUCGAAGAAAAACUACACUAACCUCAACAAGAGCAGCAUGGCCGCCGGCCAGCCGAAGGAGCACCACCAGCCGGUGUCGCCGCCCCAGCCGCCGCCGCUGCCUCCGCCCCCCCAGACGAACGGGCAGCUAAGCGGGGCCGGCCCCGUUCCGACGCGGAACGGGCACGCCGAGCAGCCGCACGGCGGGACGGAGAAUGGGACGGCCUCGCUGCCAUCGCAGGCGCCGGCGCCGCCGCCGCUCCCACCGCUGCCCCAGUGCGAGGGUGGGGCCGUGCCGCUGCCGGACUACGCCGGCAGUGGCUGCGACAAGCAGCAGCUGGCGGCCGCCCUGGCCGCCGAACCCGACUGUGGGCCGCUGGUGGACGCGGCCAGCUUGCUGCCGUGCGUGGCAGUACCGGCGGAGGACGGCAGCACCAAUCAGCAGCGGCCGGGGGUGGAGGAGCGGGACGGGGCCGCCGAAUCCACCGAUGAUGGUGCAGCGGCAAACGAGGAGCAGCAGGAGGAGGAGGAGGAGGUAGAAGAAGAGGAAGAAGCGGAAGAGGAGGAGGAAGAGGAACAGCAGCAGGGCGAAGAGGAAGAAGCGGAGCAAAGGGGGGUUGGAAAGGUGGAGGUCGGCGGCGCCGGAGGGGGACCGAUGAUCGUCAGCGUCGGCAGCCUGGUCGGAGGCUUCGAGGCGGUGGCGGCGGCAGCGGCUGCCGCCGCCGUUACCGCGACACCCGUUACCGCCGGCGGCAACGCGGAACUAUCUAGUAAUCUUAAAUCUUAACUCUCUCUCUCUCUCUCCGACACACACACACACACACACACGGAUACACGGAACUGCAGACAAGAAUACAGUGACACACUCAAAGAGAAAAACAAAAACACUCCUUCCUCAGCUAGCGCGUUUUUGUUUUGCCACGACAGCAGCAGCAAAAAGAAGCAUCAGCUUGCGGCUAUUUACAGAUCAAGCAAACUAAGGGUAGAUAGAGAAAGCGAGACAGAGGGACAGAGAGACAGAGAGAGAGAAAGAGAGAAGCAAACGUGAUGUUAGCAAGAUACAAUAAUAGCAAGUGACAAGGGUAACGGCGUUAACGUAACGCGCGGCCAGUCAAACCGAAAGAGGUGGUAACGCGUAACGCCGUCGAUCCGGUGGCGUUACACAAGUGUAUGGAGCUUCGAAACCCUUCUAGUCUAUACCACACCCUCUCGUUUUGGCUUGGGGGCGCCCCGUUACCAGGUGUCCCUGUAUGAGUGCAAUAUGCUAGCAGGAUUACAAACGGAGACACACACACACCGCCAUGGGUGCGAUACGAGCCGAUUACUACUACGUAACUGGCUUACUAGGAUGUUAUCUAUCAUCUCUCCCUCCUUCCGACUCCCGCUCCUCGGAAUCGGCCUAGUUCCUGCGACGGUGGGCAAACCCCAAUGCCCCGAGAGCGUUGCGUGCCAUCUUGGAGAGUUUAACGAUUUAAGCAUAGUGUUCCCUCACUGUGGUACUGUAAUCUCACGCGGUCCUUGUUACAUGAGGAUGUCCGACAACGUCCGGCCUUGUCGGACACACGCCCUAGACCGUCACAGAAGUAGGCUUCGGACGCUAAUAUCACGUAAACACUACUACAACUAAUCAACCAGUCAGUGAAGGUGAACUCAUCGAUGGAGGGAACCAGAAAACGAUCUCACGAGAAUUUAUUCAACAGGUACAGGUGUGGGGGGGGGGCGGACUGUCGAGAAUCUCCACCCGCACCCCAUCAACCAAAGGGGGGGGGGGAUGGAAGGGAAAAAACAACAAACCCAGGAGGCCGAAUCUAACGAGCAAUGCUAGCGAUGGAAAAAUCCGACGGAAGAAGAAAAAGAAACAGAAAACAAGUAGAAACUAAAAAGAGCGCGUUGUUCGUAAAAUUAAACACACACACACACACACACACACACACACACACACACACACACACACACACACGAAAC